UAUUUUACUGAUUGUCACUAACAGUCGUAACAUAAUAUUCACUCAGAUCGGUUUAUCCUUACAAUAAAACUAUGAAAAUAGAGUUACUGUUGUUAUGCGGAUUAUUAUUCGCCUUUAUCAAUGUGUUCGAAGUUCGUUGUGAAAAAUUCGAACCAACUUGGGACAGUUUAGACAGUCGACCACUGCCCAGUUGGUACGAUAAGGCUAAAUUCGGCAUUUUCAUUCAUUGGGGUGUGUUUUCGGUACCUAGUAUUUCUUCUGAGUGGCUUUGGUCAGAUUGGAAAUCAGAAAAUGAAACUCAAGAAAUUAGUGACUACAUCGAGAAGAACUUUCCACCAAACUUCACCUAUCAAGAGUUUGCCAAAGAUUUUACUGCCGAAUUCUUCAAUGCCACCCAAUGGGCGAAUCUGUUUGCCAAGUCUGGAGCCAAGUAUGUCGUACUGACAAGUAAGCAUCACGAAGGAUUUACCCUUUGGCCAUCAAAGUACUCAUUCAGUUGGAAUGCUAAAGACAUUGGACCACACAGAGAUAUAAUUGAUGAGCUUGGUACAGCUGUAAGACAAGCAAACUUAACAUUCGGUCUGUACCACUCACUCUACGAAUGGUUUCAUCCAAUCUAUCUAUCGGACAGAGCGAAUAACUUCACCACUCAAGAUUUUGCCAAAGCCAAGGCUUUACCUGAACUGUACGAGUUGGUAGAGCAGUAUAAACCCUCAAUUUUAUGGUCUGAUGGUGAUUGGGAAGCAAACUACACAUACUGGAAUUCCACUGAGUUUUUAGCAUGGUUAUACAACGAAAGUCCAGUAGGUGAUGAAGUAGUAGUCAAUGACAGGUGGGGAGCUGACAUUCCUUGUAACCAUGGUGAUUUUUAUACUUGCACUGACAGAUAUGAUCCAGGAGUACUGCAAGCACAUAAAUGGGAGAACGCUAUGACUAUCGAUAAAAAGUCUUGGGGAUUUAGAAGAAAUGCAGUACUGGAUGAUUAUUUGACUGCCAAUGAAUUAAUAACAACGUUGGCAAGAACUGUCAGCUGUGGAGGUAAUUUACUGGUUAAUGUCGGUCCAACAAAAGAUGGUGUAAUUAAUCCAAUAUACGAAGAAAGACUAACCCAACUAGGCGAUUGGUUAUCUAUCAAUGGAGAAGCUAUUUAUGAAACCAGUCCAUGGACAGCCCAAAAUGACAGUUACAACGGAAACAUAUGGUAUACGUAUGCUAACAACAACGUCUAUGCCCUAGUUUUGGAAUGGCCUAGUGAUGAUACGGUAACAUUACAGUCAUCCAGACAAAUUUUUGAAGCUUCUGCAAAUACAUCGGUGGUAUUAUUAGGAAAUGAAGACACAAAACUAGAAUGGUCCUUAACAACAAGUCAGGUUCAGAUAAAGUUACCUAGUAAAGCAAUUGUGAAGAACCCAACAGCUUGGGUUCUAAAAAUAAUUUCUGGAUAGUAUAGUUAUUGUUGCAAUUGACCAUUCCAUUUUUAGAAUAAACGAUUUUUACGUAGAAUC